ACAAAAACAAGCAUUUUCUCACCACCGAAAUCAUCACCAACAAUUCACAGAGACUACCCAAGUUUUAUCUUUUCCCAAUGUCAUCAACAGCGGCAAACGCAUCGCGACGGCUUCGGUUUUUACAAACAUUGCCGGAGAACAAAACAUGUGUAGACUGUUCACAAAAGAAUCCGCAAUGGGCAUCAAUCACUUAUGGUGUAUUCAUGUGUCUUGAUUGUUCAGGGAAGCAUCGUGGUCUCGGUGUUCAUCUUAGUUUCGUUCGUUCCGUGACAAUGGAUUCAUGGUCUGAGAAACACCUCAAUAAAAUGGAAGCCAAUCAUGGUGGUAAUCAAGCUUUAAAUAAAUUUCUUUCAGCUCGUGGUAUUCCUAAAGAAACAGAUAUUUCUGUUAAAUAUAACACCCGCUCGGCUUCGCUUUUUCGUGAUAAAAUUGAAGCACUGUCGGAUAAUAAAGCAUGGAUUGAACCACCAAUUAGCCAGGAAUCAAUUUCUCCUGGUUCUGGAAAACCGCCAAAACAUAAUGGAAAUUCUGAUCAGAAAUUUGGAAAUUCUGAUAGUUGGGGCUGGGAUGGGUGGGACGAUAAUAAAAACCAUGGGAAUAAUAACUCAAUGAAGAGAAAUCAAACUUUUGGGGAUUUUAGAGGUAAUGGACCAAAUAAGUCUUUCUCUUGUGAAGAUUUACAUGGUAAAUUACAGGAAUCGGCUUCGAAUAAAGAUUACUACUUCUCUAGAAUGGUCUCUCAAAAUGAAGGGAAACCAGAAGGAAUUCCACCUUCACAAGGUGGAAAAUAUGUUGGAUUUGGAUCUAAUAAUGGUGUGGCACCAAGAAUGAAUAGGACCUAUUCACAUGGUGACAUUAUUUUGGACACUGUUUCAGCAUUUUCUGAGGGAUUAGGCCGAUUAUCGCUGGUUGCAUCGACUGCUGUACAGUCUGCAGCUAAUGCAGUCCAAGCAGGGACUAAGGAAUUCACCUCCAAGGUGUUAUUAAACUGAGUCGAGUUGGAAACUUUAAUAGCCAUAGAAAGUGUAUCAGACGAAAAGAUGAAUGAGACAGUGAAUAAUGUAGCUUAUAAAACCUUUAAAGUUGGACAAAAAACAUGGGGAUGAGAGAUAUAAUGGCGAUAGCUUCUCAGAAAGUAGUUGAGUUUUCAUUAGAUGAUGAAAAUGAAGGCACGGGCUCAUCUGAAAUCUCCACUGCUUGCAGAAUGAAUAUGACAACAAUUUUGAUAGUAAUAGUUAUGAUAGCAGACAACAACUAUAACUUCAUCAGCAUCAUUAUCAAGAUGGUAAAAGCAAAUAUUCAUCACCUCUCAAUGAAUGGGAUGAUUGGGAAUUAGAUAGCCCAGUAUCUACAACUACUGCUACUUGAAGGAGGUUACAAUUGAAUUGUUUGUUGUUGUUCUUUUUUCCUUUUGGUAUUAUUUUCGCUCAAGAGAGGUGGUAGAGUUUCACUCCACUUGCAGCUGUUUACUUGAAUUUUAUGACAUUAGGUGGGCUCAUAAAUGAAACAAGUCCAUUUUUUUUUCUCA